UUUAUCUCACACUUCUAUCUAGUAGUCCUAUAACUUUCGACUAGUUUCGGUAGGACCGCUACAGGAUGAAGACGUCUAUAGUAUUUCUGCUUUGUGUUGGGUUGGUAGCGGUGUCUGCCAAAAAUAGCAAAAUCAGGGAAAAACUUAGGAAAAGGGCCGCAGGAUGUGUUUACAAGGGGCAGACCUACCAGCAAGGAAUGGCGUGGCAAGAUGGUUGCCUAUAUAACUGUAUCUGUGAGAACGGAGCUACCGGGUCAUACAAGUGCACAGAUCGUUGCCCCUCAUAUGGACAACUCCCACCCGUGUGUGCCCUGGUAAAAAAACCAGGCCAGUGCUGUGCUGAGCCUCAGUGUAAUUUCCAAUCAAGUGGAGGUGGCACCGUUGCCGGUUCCGGUGGAACCUUGACCGGAAGUGGUACCAUGACAGGUACUGGAACCGGAACUGCAACUGGCGGCACAAUGACCGGAACAGGAACAAUGACCGGCGGAACAGGUGGUGUCUGUGUUGACAAACUUACCAACUGCGCCUCCUACACCAAGGCUGUAUGUUCGAACCACGACUAUGCUCAGUGGGUCCAAAAUAACUGCUGCGCAUUCUGUAAUGGUGGUACCGGAGGAACAUACGUUAGCGGAGGAACAGGAGGAACCAUGACCGGAACUGGUGGAACCAUGACCGGAACUGGGGGAACCAUGACAGGAACUGGGGGUACCAUGACCGGAACUGGGGGAACCAUGACCGGAGGCACUUACACCGGAACAUGCCAAGAUACCAUUCCAAACUGUGCUGCCUACACCGCGGCCGUCUGCACAGAUUCUUCAUUCGCAGACUGGGUUUCCAAACACUGUGCAAAAUUCUGCAACAAAUGUGGCGCCAUGACAGGUGGAACCAUGACAGGAACAGGGGGAACCAUGACCGGAACAGGGGGAACCAUGACCGGAACAGGGGGAACCAUGACCGGAACCGGGGGAACCAUGACCGGAACUGGAGGGACCGGAACUGGUGGAACUAUGACAGGAACAGGCGGAACAGGAGUCGUCACCGGAACAGGAGGAACCGGUUUAGUCCCAGGAAGUGGUCACAUGACAGGAACUGGCGGAACCGGUGGUGGAGCAUGCGCCGACAAAUUACCGGAUUGUGCCAGUUACGAUCACUCCAUUUGUGAUCAAGCUAGCUACCAUGACUGGGUCUUCGAAAACUGUCAACAUUGGUGCAAUAAAUGUGGAGUAUCAGGUGGAAUUUCGAUCCCCGUAGGAACCGGAACUGGAACAGGAACAGGAACUGGAGGCACUAUGACCGGAGGAACCGGAACAAUGACAGGCGGUACUGGAACUAUGACAGGAGGAACUAUGACUGGCACUUGCGCCGACAAACUGCCCAACUGCGCAGCUUACACACAGGCCGUGUGUACAAGCAAAGAUUACGCUACCUGGGUGUUAAACAACUGUGCACAUUAUUGCAACAAAUGCGGAUCAAUGACAGGAGGUACUGGAACCAUGACUGGAGGUACUGGAACCAUGACUGGAGGUACUGGAACCAUGACUGGAGGCACUGGAACUAUGACCGGCGGAACUGGUGGCGCCUCUGCCACGUAUUGUAUGGACAAGAAAUCAGACUGCAAUGCUUAUGAAAAGGCUAUGUGCACAGACAUCAAAUUCAAGGCUUGGGCAAAAGAAAAUUGUGCAGCGUUUUGUAAUAUGUGUGGAGGAGGAACUGGAACUGGAACAAUGACUGGUGGUACCGGAACUGGCACAAUGACUGGUGGAACUGGAACCAUGACAGGAAGCUGUGGUGACGUUGCAUCAAACUGUGCCUUGUUGAAUCAAGCCAACCACAUCUGCUCUGAUGCCGCCGCUAAAGUCUAUGCCCAACAAAACUGUGCAAAAACAUGUAAUAUGUGCGGCGGAACAAUGACAGGUGGUACUGGAACCAUGACUGGUGGAACCGGAACCAUGACUGGUGGAACCGGAACUGGAACUAUGACAGGUGGAACCGGAACUGGAACUAUGACAGGUGGAACAGGAACCAUGACAGGAAGUUGCAGUGACACCAUCGCAAACUGUGCCGCUUACGACCCGUCCAUUUGUACCAGCACCGACUACAAACAAUGGGCAUCGCAGAACUGUGCUGGCACAUGCCAUUUGUGCUCAAGUCAAACUUCCGGAGGUUCAAUGACUGGUACCGUUACUGGAACUGGCGGUGGUGGUGUUAUCACAGGAACAGGAACCAUGACUGGAACCGGAACUGGAACUGGUGGCACCAUGACAGGAUCAGGUUCCGGCUGUGUUUAUGCCGGACAUCUGUAUACACAAGGUCAAUCUUGGAAGGACGGUUGUAAAUUCAGAUGCCAGUGUGUAGAAGGAGCAACCGGAAAAUACCAAUGCACACAACUGUGUGUACAAUGGCAGCUUCCACAACAGUGUCACAUGAACCCACCUGCACCAGGCAAAUGUUGCCAGACCCCAUCUUGUCCAGCUGGCUUUGACAUCAAGUAUCCAGUAGGAUAUACUGAAGAGUAGAAUCGAAUUGUUUGAAAUGUUAUGGAAUUAAGAAAUUUAAAAAAAAAUGAUAAAAAAUCAA